AUGGCUUUACAAAUGAGAGCCAGAGCUGUGACGAGGCGAAAGGUAUUCAUUGAUAGGUCCCAACUGAAAGAUGCAAUUCUUGAGGGAGGAAUUCCAUUCAACAGGGUUCAUGGCACGCACGCCUUCGAGUAUCCGGGCUUGGACCCCAGAUUCAAUCAGGUUUUUAACACAGCAAUGUUCAACCACACCACUAUUACUAUGAAGAAGAUCCUUGACUCCUAUAAAGGCUUUGAGCAACUCAAUCAAUUGGUUGAUGUUGGUGGAGGCCUAGGAGUCACUCUUAAAUUGAUCACUUCCAGAUACCCCCAUCUUAAGGCCAUUAAUUUCGACUUGCCCCAUGUUAUACAAAAUGCCCCACGCGCGCCAGGUGUGGAACAUGUCGGGGGAGAUAUGUUCAGAAGGGUUCCCAAGGGGGACGCCAUUUUUAUGAAGUGGAUACCCCAUGAUUGGAGUGAUGAACAGUGCUUGAAGCUGUUGAAGAACUGCUACAAUGCUACUCCUAAUGAUGGAAAGGUAAUUGCUGAGGAGGCAGUUCUUCCGACGUUGCCUGAGAUUAGCACUUGUGUGAAGAUCAACUGUGAAAUGGAUGUGUUUAUGAUGGCUCAAAACCCAGGAGGGAAGGAGAGGACUGAAGCAGAAUUCAAGGCAUUGGCAACCAAAGCAAGAUUUGGCGGCAUCAGAUAUGAAUCUUUUGUGUGUAAUUUUUGUGUUAUGGAGUUUUUUAAGUAGAUUGUUUGCUUGCGUUGCGUGUAAUACUUGGAAAUGUAUCAUCUG